GCAGACAGCCACACAGCUUACUCAUCCUCAUCAACCAGCACAGCUCCAGUACUAAAUAGCAUCAAGUGAUCUAGCUAGGACACUGCACGUGAAAUACUGAAAUGGCUCGGUUGAUCGGUGCUUCCGGCGCGUGCGCGCUCCUCGUCGUCCUGCUCGUGGCGUGCGCUGCGUCCGCCGCGCGCAGCGAACCGGGCGCCGCGCGGCAGCUGUGGGAGGACGGGAGGAAGGUGGGGGGAAGGACGGAGGUGAGGGACGUGGAGGGCGACAGGGAGGUGCAGGAGCUGGGGCGGUACUCCGUGGAGGAGCACAACCGGCGCCGGGAGGAGGGCUGCGAGGGCGGCGGCGGCGGCGUCUGCGGCCGGCUGGAGUUCGCCCGCGUGGUGUCCGCGCAGCGCCAGGUGGUCUCCGGCGUCAAGUACUACCUCCGCGUCGCGGCCGCCGAGGAAGGCGGCGCGGGGAGCAACGGCGUCAGCGACAGCCGCGUGUUCGACGCCGUGGUGGUCGUCAAGCCCUGGCUCCAGUCCCGCGCGCUGGUCAGGUUCGCGCCGGCCGACGCCAAAUGAGCAGCUGCAUGCGCGAUCCGACGAGCCGCUGGCCCGCUGCGUGCGUUUUUGCCCGCCAGAGUAUGCAAUGUACUGUACACUCGAAUAGCGAAGGGUGAGCUAGAGUUGACCGCCAGAGCAUACAGGUGGUCAAAGUUUUGUAAGGUCUCCCGGAUAAAUAAGUUUUGCAGGAAGAGAUGAGAGUGUCGAAAUAAAUACAAUAUACGAUAAGAAUGUUUUGCUUCUGGUA